AUGUCCUUGACUCACGGCGGCCUUCCUAGCCUGCUGCCCGCCAAUGUGCUAGCGGAGCUCAAGCAGACUGCAGAGAAACUUUGCGCACCAGGCAAAGGCUUUUUAGCCUCUGAUGAGAGUGCCGGGCCCUGGCUGCGCGCGGGUCAUGCCGAGGCUGCGAAGAUCCCAGAUGUGAUCGAGAACAGGGCAGCCUACCGAGCCCUAUGCUUCUCCUCACCAGGCUUGAGUGAACACAUUAGCGGGGUGAUUCUCCACUGGGAGACCUUGAUGCAAGAUGAUGCAGACGGCAAGGCCAUGGUGGAUAUCAUCAAAGGGAACGGCAUGAUUCCCGGAAUCAAGGUGGACAAAGGCUACAACAAGAAGGGCAUGUGGGGAACACCAGUCGGUCCUCUUGGGCACCCGGAGGUGGCAACUGUGGGAUUGGAUGAUCUUCAGCAAAGGUGCCAACAGGCUUAUCAGAAGGGUGCCCGCUUUGCCAAGUGGCGCAACGUGCUGCAGCUGGACCCUGCGAAAGGGAUGCCGACAGAGUUGGCAAUCGCAGAUACGGUGCACACCUUAGCCCGCUAUGCCUCGAUUUGCCAGAGCGAACGCUUGGUACCUAUCGUGGAGCCUGAAAUUGUUCCCAAUGGCAAACACGACAUCUAUUACUGCGCCCAGAUGACAGAGAAGGUUUUGGCAGCGCAAUUCAAGGCAUUGGCAGACCACCACAUCUACUUGGAGGGUGCUGUCCUGAAGCCCAACAUGGUCAAGAACGGCUUGGAGGGGCCCAAAGCUAGCGCCGAGACCAUUGCAACCCUGACCUGCCAAACUUUGCUGCGCACAGUUCCUCCUUCCAUGCCAGGCAUUUUUUUCUUGUCCGGUGAGACAGCAUUGAAUGAAGACAACGAAGAAGAAGCAACCAUCAAUUUGAGCACCAUGAACAGUCUUUUUGCCGGCAAGCUGCCUUGGCAUUUGUCAUUCUCUUAUGGCAAAGCUUUGCAGAAGACCUGUAUUGUCACCUGGCUGGGCAAGACUGAGAACAAGGAGGCCGCGCAAAAGGCCCUGAAGGCACGAGCCAACGCGAACUCUGACGCCGUUUUUGGCAAAUACAAGCCAGGCAGCUGCGCUAGUGUCGGCACUGACGGCAAUGUGAUGCAGGCAGCGGGGCCUUACUGA